AGAAAGCGCGUGAAGCUGAAAACGAGGGAAGAAAAUAUAGACAGAGUGGGAUAAAUGCAAAAGAGCAAUGGGAGCUUGCAGCCACGCAGUAACUAUUCUUAUUGCAGUUUCCAGCGCUGUAAUGGACUUUCUCUUUCGACUCCUCAGGGGAGAGGCAUUAUCACAGCAGUUGACUUGCUCCCUCCUCAGUGCGAAUGUCAGGAGCUCUGUUUUUUGCCACAUGGGCAACGUAUUUUUCACUCUCUAGAGAAAAACUUGUCGUGUUGUGUGGCAGCUGCCCCGUCACUGCUUGCUUUGUGUGGCUCUCACAAACUUUUUCCUUGUAACUCUUAGGGUGCAAAUUUUCCAAAUAACAAGGGCUAGCUAGAGGCAAAGGUUGUUUGUACUGAGCAGGAUCUGAUGUUUCAACACUCUUUAUGUAGAUGGACAUAAAUAGCCGAUGGACUGAAUGAGCUGGAACUUCACAGUUCUAAUAAGGCCCACAUCAUAAUUAACCUUUCGAGUUAGAUUGGGCAUGGUUGACGUGUCCCUAGCUUUCCGCUGCCUAUCUAGAUUUAGCUUUGUGUUAGUUGCUCGUGUUGGCGCGCUCAAGCAGUGAACAUUGUCGGCCGCAUGGAAAAGGCCACGGGUGGUGUCAUACGUCUGGCCAUGGAUCAAGGGGAAGUGGGUGUUUUCUAAAAUGGAACAUCAGCUCAGCCCUUCCUGUUGAGAAAAGAAUAGGAUAAGUCUCAGACAAGCACCAAGUCCUUACCACAAGACCCUGUCCGCCAGAUAUCCCCUUCUCCGAAAUUGACUCUCAUGCAAAUUGUACCUCGAGAUGGUAUUAAAAGGAUUUAGUGGUUAGUAGGUUUUUCAGACAUCUUCUGCAUGAAAGAAGGAGACUGAUUGCUCUGUGACACAAGGAAACAGAGCCUGGUUCAGCCAUGAGGGUAAACAGGAGGGCUAAUCUCUGAGGGAAAAACAUAGGAUCGCUGACAGAAAGUGCCUUGUGAGACAACAUCCCUACUUGAAGAUCCCAGGGCGUUUCUAAAGAGCUCCAGAUUUCUCCCUCUGCAGUCGUGACAGGAUAUAGCUCAGAAGCAAACACCCCUGACCUCUCGGGUCAUCCUUACCUGUGCGGGAAGUGAAGAGGUGGAGCUACUGCACUGCUGGCCAAGGUGCAAAAGCUCAGAGAGAGUAGGUACUGAAGACAUUUAAACACUAGAAAGCCACAAACUUUAUUAAAACUGUCCUAAACUGUGCCAUUGCACCUCAAAAUAGCACCACUUUUGCUCCCAAUCAUCCACCCCUCUACACAGAUAUCAUCAUUCACACUAAGGACAUUUUGGGGACAUUGGUACAACCAGUAGAGCUUGUCUUCGAGCAUGCCCCCUCUGCCCUGUCAGAGGUCUGCACCUGAGACUUACUGAUUGAUGAACAAUUAGCUGUUUGACUGACAAACUCUGCAACAGCAGUGCAGUCCCAUGCUCCAGUCACAGAGACUUUGCCAGUCCAUUACCUCCACUUUCCUGUCCGCAAGGACAAACGUCAUCCACUGACCUGAAGCAGAUCAUUUAUAGCUACAUGUUCCAUUAGUUUUAGUUGUUGUGUGUUUUGUUUUUUUUAUUGGAACACUGAAACAUCUCCUCAGAGGAUAAACUCCUCCUUACACCAAGUGGCUCCACUCCACCCCAGCUCCACAGCCAGCUCUGCUGACAUGGCUCUAAACAUUGCCUCGAUACGGGACACAAAAUGGCUGACCCUGGAAGUGUGCCGGCAGUUUCAGAGAGGGACUUGUUCACGCAGUGAUGAGGAAUGCAAAUUUGCCCACCCACCCAAAAGUUGCCAGGUGGAGAACGGAAGGGUGAUCGCCUGUUUUGACUCGUUAAAGGGCCGUUGCACGCGAGAGAACUGCAAAUACCUCCACCCACCCGCUCACCUGAAGACCCAACUGGAGAUCAACGGGCGAAACAACCUGAUCCAGCAGAAGACAGCGGCGGCCAUGUUGGCUCAGCAGAUGCAGUUCAUGAUCCCCGGCACCACCAUGCAACCUGUGCAGACGUUUCCAGUCAGCCAGGGCCUGGGCUCCAGCGCAGGUCUGAGCUACACACCCUACCUGACUCCCAUGUCCCACAGCAUGGGCCUGGUGCCCACCGACAUCCUGCCCAGCACCCCCGUUAUCGUCCCCGGCAGCCCGCCUGUCUCCGUGACCGCCGGCUCUUCCUCCAGCCAGAAACUGCUGCGUACCGACAAGCUGGAGGUGUGCCGCGAGUUCCAGCGGGGCAACUGCGCUCGGGGCGAGACCGACUGCCGCUUCGCGCACCCGAGCGACAGCCCCAUGAUCGACACCAGCGACAACACGGUCACCGUCUGCAUGGACUACAUCAAGAGCCGCUGCUCCCGCGAGAAGUGCAAGUACUUCCACCCCCCGGCCCACCUGCAGGCCAAGAUUAAGGCCGCCCAACACCAGGCCAACCAGACAGCUGUGGCUGCGCAAGCCGCUGCCACAGCUGCAGCCAUGACUCAGUCGACUGCCAAAGCAAUGAAGCGACCCCUCGAGGCAACUGUAGACCUGGCGUUCCCCCACGGCGUCCUCCAGCCCCUACCAAAGAGACCAGCACUUGAGAAGAGCAACGGAGCGAGCUCCCUGUUCAACCCCAGUGUUUUGCACUACCAGCAGGCGCUGGCCAACGCACAGCUCCAGCAGCCCGCUUUCUUUCCCACAGGGUCAGUCUUGUGCAUGACUCCUGCUAGCAGUCUUGAUCAUCCUGAAGUAAGUGUCAGGAAGGGAACGGAGUGUCACGAAGCUGCACUAGGAAACCCAAAACAGCCCCUGUGUAAAUACUACCUUACCUCUCCCAUAGAGGUCCAGCAACCUGCAUGCUAAGAGUGUAACACUUCAAUUUAACCGUAAGAACUGCAGUGCCGGUGUAACACACACACAAAAAAGAUAUAUCCUGUAUGUAUUGCUAGAAAAAAACUAUUAACAUGAAAAAGUCAAAAAUAUUCUUAUGUAUAGUACUACAUACAUAGCAGACACACUAUAGAGGUCAUUUUAACAACUGUUCUCCCAAAGUACCGUGGAUCUCCCCUCUUUCAUAUUUAUUCUAAAAACCUCUGCACAACGUUCAUCCCUUUGGUUCGUAAAAAAAGAUGCUUGAUUUGCACUAUAUGAGAAAUAUAGUGCUUAAUGUGGAAGUGGGAAAACAGGAAGAGUCACAGAAAACCCGUGCACAACCACACCAACGCACUCAGCGCUUUCAAGAGGGGUUUCGUCUCGCGGUCUUUUGCUUUUUCUCUCUGCAAAGUUGAAUGUCCUUGGGGCAGACAUGGCUCAUGUUUUCUGAAUGUGACUGCCCCCCACCCCUACUGUGAGGGUUCCUCUGUGACCCUCAUCUGCCCCAGAUGCUAUUAAGAUGCCAUGAUGAAACUUAUCCUCCCCCUCCCACCCCCUCACCUCCCUGCCAACUUUUUCACCUCCGGAAACAUCUUGCCAAAGUUACGGCUUGGAAGAGGUCGAUGGAAUCAACCUGCCGGGAAGCAGGACCACAUUUUAACACCCAGAUAAAUUCUUUCCUUUCUCUUUUGCCAUUGCGAAAACUGCUCAGAACGUACCCUCUAUUUGUCGUGGUGCUGGGUUCAGGUUUUUGUUUAGGAGGAGCGGCGGGAUAGAUUGUGCACGGAUUUUUGCAUGCAGUCGGGACAGGGGAAGACAGUGCCCAGUGUUGACAGAAGAUAGUCGUGGCCAUUACCGUAAAGCCUAAAGGCUCGGGUCUGUGCCAAGGGCUUUACAAAGCUUGAGGGUUCGUUCCAGACAUACCAAGCCUUGUGUGUGUGUGUGUGCAUGUGUGUUUGUAUCUGGAGACUGAUGGUCUGCCGGCAGACUGGGACUUGAAGCAAGGUCUAGCAGGUGACGACAACACCAGGCCUGGUAGGAGAUUUCUUUUGAGGGGUUGGAUGAGGGAUUUAAGUGCUAAGACUAAACAAACAAAAAAAACAAAACAAAACAAACAAACAAAAAAAAAAACGGUGCAUUUGACGACGCUCGUCAAGCAAAAAGAUAACUUGAACUUUGACUGGAGGGCUAUCUGUGACCGUCGGUUGUCCUGUCCAACCCUACUAUCACCGAUAAUCCUGUUCCAUUUUAGAAAACUGUAGAAGUGCCUAAAAAAUGCUCAUCAACAACACAUGCAUCCAGAGUGUAUCACUAAAAGUCACAGACACAACACACUGGCUGUCAGAAGCUACGUGGACUUUUUGGAAAAGACAUCACAUUUUGCGAAUCGUUACCGGAAACAGUUUUCCGGCAACAGUUCAUUAACAUCACAAGUGACUUUAUCGAAACAAAAAGAAGUUAAAGAAACGACAAAUCAAAAAUAGCUUUGUAGAAUGUUUGGUGACUUUCAUGGUGUACCAUUGUUUCCUACCAUGGUUUGAGUAGUUUACAUGAGGAACGUGAGUGAGAAAAAAAAAUGUAUUGUAAACUGUGUAAUGUAUGUAAAGUGUCUCUUAUUUUGAGAGUUUCUAUUCAUGGUUCUAGAAAUGUAUUCAAAGUUAUUUAAAUUUUGUGUUGUCUACUAUCAAGGUAUGUUUGAAUCCCCCCAAAACUCCUCAACCACCUCCACCUCCACCUCCCAGAACAAUCAUUUGUUUUUUUUAGGCAAGAUCAUAAAAGGUUAUUUUAUUAUUUUAGCCCAUCCCUCUUCAGUUUUUGCAUUUUACGACUUUUAACUCAUGAUACUAAAUCUUAUUUUCCAUUUUUUCAAAAUUCUGAUGUAAUUUCAUGGUGCUUGAUUAACAUUGACAAUCCACAAUCAUACCUUUUGGAACAAGAGUGCUUCAUCACUCUGGUUUCACAUUUUGGUUUCACUCACUAUGAUUGUCUUCACAUGCAUUAUGAUUUGUAUGUAAUAUUUGUGGAUGGUGGUAAAAGUUCUAUUUUGUUGUAAUUUAUCUUAUGUUACUCUUGGUCAAAUUUUAGUCAGAAACAAUGUUGUAAACUAUUCUAUUUUGAAAUGAAUGUAAUUUAUUGAGCUGUGCUACAUUCUGCACGGUUGGUCAUUUCAAGGUCUAACCUGUCAGGUCAGCGUAUGAGAAGUCGCACAUGUCUGAGGGGUGGGGUUUCAAAGUCGACCCACCAACAGAAAGCUACUGGAUCUUUCUUGCCUUCUCAUCGAUAAAAAGAUCACGGUGUUGCAGUAAUGAGCAUAGUUAUAGAGUUGCUUGUGUUGUUGGAAAAAAAUGUUUAUUGUAUAGAUGACAUUUUACCAAAAAAAGAGAAGAAAAUUUCAAAAAAGAUGUACUUUUCACACUAGUAUAAUAGUAUUUCAUAACAAUAUUAAGUUGUUGCUGUGGCAACCAAAUGUUGCAAUUACUAAAGUUCGGUAUUUUUGUAAAUGACAUUGUUAAGUUGAUUUUUGUUUCUUUUUGCUAGAACACUGUACACAAGGUAGAUUGUAAAGAAGAUAUGAACAUUUCUUAUUCUUCACUGAGAUUAUGACAAUGACCUAAUAUUUUCAUUAGCAAAUAACAGCCUCUAUAGUGCUGUGACUGUAACACUUCAAUAGAUUUAAAGUCAUCAAUGUUACAUAGAUUAUAUAUAAAUAUAUAUAAGAACUAAAUAAUCUAUAAAUUAAUAAGUUGAGAUGUACAACUCUUCCCCUGACAAAGGACCUUUAGGUUCCACACUGAGACAUUUUAUUCGAGGCGUAUGUAUCACUAGAGUUAAGGAUUGCACUUUUCAUAUUGUUUAAAGAUGUGAUCUGUUUUUCAUUUCCUGCUAGUACAGUAAAUCUGUUUAUCAAUCAAAAGCAGAUACUACCGGUAAAUAACUUUAAUUCAACAUGUUGCAUGGGAAAACAAUAUUUUCUUUUCUUACUAAAUGAUAACGUACUGAAUGUUUCUAGUGAAAAAAAAGUCUGUACACAAAAUGUCCUCAUUUGGUGACCCACGAUGCCCUUGUGUAUGGAAUCCUCUUGAAAUGUAAUGUUUUUUGAAAUGUGUUGGCAAUGAUUGACCGAUGGUAAAAAGAAAAAUGUAAGCACUUUCUGAGCAGUUGGUCAGACUGAGCAGACUCAGCUUAUCCAAACACUUUGCCUUAUCUUGAGUCCAUCGUGCUUAAGGUUUUAUGUUUUUAAGAGCUCUUAUGAAAAUUUAUUAAAGAGACUUGAACGGGUCUCUCUUCUCAAAUCCCUCCUCAGUUUCAUUUCAAAUAUAUAUCUUUAUAUCUAAAUCAUUUUUUAAGGUUUUCACGUGCGCAUCACAAGGCCAAAAGGGGUGACUGCAACGGAGUGAACAGUCACCAAUAUUUACUUCCGGUCUCCCAAAUCUGUAGUGAGAUCUUUUCGUCCCAUUGCCUUACAAUGGAACCGUUCAGAGUGUGUAAUUCACAGCUUUAGCCAGCAGAGGGCACUACACUGGAGACUGCAGGUUGUGAAUUGUGACUGCUUGUGCCAUCGUUUGUUGCAGCAUACCCUACCAACAAAGUAAAAACAUUAAGAUAAAUUGAUAAGAAGACCCUCAUCGAAUUUAUAGUUUCAAUGUAAUCAUUUUUAAAUGUAUUCUUUUUGCAUAUAUUUUGUGCUAUUUUAUGUUUCUAUAGUCAAAUGUUUCUUUGGUUCCAGCAAGAUAGUGUAAAAUCUAUUGAAAGAAAGAAAUAAAGAAAAUCAAAGGAA